GACGCCCCGCCGUGUUAGCUAUACAAUUUCUGCUCCUGUAGCUGAAUUUUUGGAAACGCGGUGCUCGACAUUCCUUAAGAACUCUCCCCUCCCCCCUAGCCAGCGGGAAAUUACGUCCAGAGUCCAUAAUAAGUACUUUGACGAGUCCAUAAAUAAGGUGAUGAGUCCUAAAGUCCACAGACGCCUUAAAUAAGUCCAAAUAUACUCGUCAACAAUACUCCCAGUUUGGUUUAUUUACUCGGGAAUCCGCGAAAGGACUUCUACUGCUGGAAGCCAUAUCAGAAGGAUCUUUAAAAUUUGACUUAAGAUUUCACCACAAGACUCUCUGAAGGACUAAGGGAUCAGAUAAGAGUCCUAAAAGGAUAUUUAUGUGAUACUCUUGUACGUGGCCCUUCUAAAAAACACCCAAGGACUCCAAGUACCCAACUUUUAUUUUCCCCUACAAAGUACCUCCACCAAAGUACUCAUUUGAAGGCAUAGGAAUUAACGAUUAUAAUUACCUAAGUGUAUCCAAGACGCCCAUCAAGAAGUUGUGAUAGCCAGCCCCCUGAACUAUCUUCCUCAAAGGACAACAUUCUUGAAACACUCAUGAUCAAUUCUCUAAAUAUAACCCGUAGACUCUAACAGGAAGAACAGACCAAACCACAGCUGUAGAUUGUCUUUCAAACUCACCAAAGACAAAACUAAACUCCCACUGAAGAAAUCCUAAACGAAAUACCAUCCACCAUCAAUGGAGUUAACGAGUUACAAGUUCAAUACAUCACACAGGGCGACCUCCAGCAAGCACUCCGUCACGGUCGGAGGUGUUACCAUGGCUACAGAGGCUGUUGAAUCUAUGGGUAUGGAGAGGCAAGAAGAAGAAGCAGCAGCACCACCAAAGUUUCCCCCCUACUGCGACGUGUCAUUAACCAGGCUAGACCGGGUGACGAACGGUUUCAUCACAGAGGGAAGAGCCAACCCAAGACACAGGACAGAUGGGCACAGAAUCAGUCGUGGCAGCGUGAGAGGCGCCGGGAAGGAGGUGGGUAACGUGGUAGUGGUACAGCAGGCCUACAAGUCUUACGGUUCUGGCUCCAAGAAGGUCGUUGUGUUGGAGAACCUCGAUAUGCGGGUGCCUCAGGGUUCCAUCUACGGGUUGUUGGGGCCCAGCGGAUGCGGCAAGACCACCUUACUGGGGUGUCUUGUGAACCGCCUCAAGUUGGACAAGGGAGAGAUCUUCCUCUACGGAUUCCCUCCAGGGUCCGCCGAAGCCGCAGUCCCCGGCCACCGCGUCGGGUACAUGCCGCAGGAGUUGGCGCUGUACCAGGAGUUCACCAUCGUGGAGACUCUGAGAUACUUCGGCAGGAUCCACCUGAUGAGCGGUGACAAGAUCUCCCAGAGGACCAAGUUCCUUGUUUCCUUCCUCGACCUACCUGACCCUACCAGACUCAUCAACCAGCUCAGCGGAGGGCAGCAGAGGCGGGUGAGCUUCGCGGCUGCACUACUACAUGAACCUGACUUACUGAUACUGGACGAACCAACUGUAGGUGUGGACCCCUUACUGAGGAGUAGCAUCUGGGAGCACCUACUGGACGUGUGUGACAAUGGCAACACCACUAUCAUCAUCACCACUCACUAUAUAGAGGAGGCCAGACAGGCUGACAAGGUUGGCCUUAUGAGAGGAGGUCGGCUGCUGGCUGAGACGUCCCCCUCCAGUUUAAUCCACCACUUCGGUAUUCCUUCCCUGGAGGAUAUCUUCCUCAAGCUGUGCCUCGAAGACGGUGCCCAAGAAAACCGCCAGGGCAAGCAUAAUAAUGGCUUCGAUGACGUAGAUGGCUCUCCACCACACAAGGUCACAACUCCCACCACCACUACUAUCACCACCUCGUUACCAACUGCCCGGGGCGUGACCUCUAACCUCAAGAAGGAGAUCAACUCCGCCACAGGUCAGAUCACCUUGAGGGACUCUGACGAGAAAGCCAUCUUAAUGUCUCCCUGGGUCCAGACGUCGAAAUACGAGAGGAUCUUCUCUCCUUACCGCUUCGGUGCUCUGUUGAUGAAGAACUUUAUACGACUGUGGCGGAACAUAGGGUUCCUGCUGUUCUCGUUCCUGAUGCCGCCGGUACAGACAGUACUGUUUUGCCUGACUGUAGGAGGUACACCCUACAAUCUGCCCAUGGCCAUCGUCAACUACGACCAUGGGUACCCCGACAUGGCACACAUACCCCAGCUCUUCAACUUAUCCUCCAUCUACGUCAACGACCUGAACGAUAGAACGAUAGACAAGAAAUUCUACUCAGAGUUUGACGCAGGACUGAGGGCGGUGGAGAACGGGGACGCCUGGGGACUCAUCUUCUUUAACGAGACCUUCACUAAAGCAUUCCUCGCCUUUUACCUCACUGAUGACGCCCACCCCGAAGAUAAGGCCCAGAGCAAGAUCAAUAUUUACAUGGAUACUACUAACUCUGAGAUUUCUGCCACUCUGGCAGCCGAGCUGCUCAGGACCAUGGACAGAUUCUUGGUUGAUAUGAUACAGUUCUCUGAUGACCUGUUGAAUAUCACUAUAGAUACUAGCAAGUUGACUUUCCCUUUGAAGUUCCACGAGCCAGUUUAUGGGACAUCAGGUGCUUCCUUCACAGAGUUCAUGGCUCCUGGUGUCAUUCUCACCAUCACCUACUUCAUGGCUGUGGGGUUGACGGCUCUAUCCUUCAUCAUCGAGCGUAAGGAAGGACUUCUCGACCGUUCCUGGGUGUCUGGUGUACAGUCGAGCGAGGUGAUGACGGCUCACUUGGCUACACAGAUGCUGGUGAUGUUGGUACAAAUCGCCCUCAUCCUGGUGUUCAUGUUCCCCGUGUUCAAGUUGCCGUGUGAGGGGAACAUGUUGUGGGUGGUCCUGCUGUCCAUUCUCCAGGGCUUCUGUGGCAUGACUUUCGGGUUGAUGACGUCAGCCAUCUCCAACGACGAGAACACGGCGAUUAUGAUGGCGCUGGGCAUCUUCUACCCCCUGCUGCUACUGUCCGGGAUAGUCUGGCCUGUCCAGGGCAUCCCCGUCGCUCUCAGGUACGUGUCAUACGCGCUGCCACAGACGUACGCGUGUGAGGCCAUCCGGGCCAUACUGUACAAGGGUUGGGACAUCACCUACCCAACCGUCUACAUGGGCUACCUCAUCACCCUCGGCUGGUUACUGUUACACCUGGUUUUGGCGCUCAUAGCUAUGAGGAUAAGGAAGUGAGCGACUCGGCAAAAGUUGGAACUUGUAAGAUUCAAUAUAGACUAAAGGUGAAUGGAAAUUGUUUAUAAACGACAAGUGCAAGGAAUACACGAGAUGAAUGAUGUGUAACUUAAGGGAACAUGUCCUGAAUAAAAGCAGAAGUACUGUACGUUAUAUUUGAUGAAACUGUAACUAUGCUUAACACAGUGUAAGUAAGUGGUAGGUACAGUAGAUGGAAGAAAGAUAAUUUUAAAACACUUUUCUUCUAUGACGCUUCCCUCGCACAUGACCUCCGCCCCCAUGGAUCCCCUGGUAUAUUUAUGUCAUUUGCGAGGGAAACGUCAUAGAAGAAGUGUUUUAAAAUUGUCUAAACCACUGGGAAAAACACAUUCCUCAACUCAAUGGCCAUAUUGGUUGAAAACGCAUAUUUACCAAUUUGUUAUGAAUAAAUAUAUUGCUGAGAAAAUAUUGCGUUAUAAUUUUACUUUUGGGGAUUAUAGGACAGUGGGGAAAAUAGUCGUGGUGUGCGGUACUGUGGCGCACAAAUAAACAUUUUGUCUCGGCCGUUGAAUACCCUGGCGUGGCGCCGGCCCUGGACAUACCGUGGGUGAAGGAGACUAUUGCUGGUACUGUACUAUUCAAGACGCAAAUGGAUCUAUACUGUAAUGGAUUCAACGGGUCCAAAACCUGAGUGAAACGCUUUGGUGGGACAAAAUGGAAGUGGAAUCACAGUGAAUGUGGACAAAAUUAAAUAAAAUGUGGACAAAGUGGAAUUACAGUACUGAACAUUGAAGAAAAUGGACAAGAUAAAGUAAGAAAUGAGUGAAAGUGACUGAAAAACUAUGAAACGUUUGAUGGUGAACAUAACAAGAACUAUUUUUGUUCUUUUUAGAAAUAGUGAAAAGGUUUUGAAAAAGAAAAAAAACGGUUGAUUGAAACUUAAAAAACCUAGUCUUGUAUGUCAUAUAAAGCACUGGAAUACAGGUAAGUCUUAUUUCAUAGUAAACCAGUAUAAAAUAAACUAAAUCAUCACAAAGUCUUUUAAGAUUAGCGAAGUAAUUUUUCACUUUUUCUAACUCAUUCGUUUUACAAUUUCCAUGUCAAUCAAUCUCUCUCUCUCCCUCUUAGCAGCAGUAUUGGGUUUAUCUAAUUUUUCAUCAUUACAUAUUAAUUUAUCUUACUACAUAACUCGUAGUAUCUUCAAUUUUUUACCUUAUCGUUUUCUAUACUCCUAAGAGAUAUAUGUUCUGUAAGUAGAAGAGGUUAGGUAUUUAUCGAACUUGGUAUGUGUGUUGAUAAGUGGAUAGCAAUAGCGUUCAGUGUUGUGUUUGGGUAGGACUCGGGAAUACGUGACUGACAAUGAAUGAAGGGAAGAUGCGUUUGUGUGUAGUAUAUAUUUAUGUACAGACGUAUUGUGGUUUUUUUUAUUCAUCGUAAACUUUAUAUUCGUUAGGUUAGGUUAACCCUCUUUGAGAUUUUGAUUUUUUUUUAUAAUUCUGGUAUACAUUGGAAGCCGUGAAAAGUUAUUGUAGUAUAAAUAAGGACUAAGGUGAGAUAUAAAGUAUAUUAAGAGCAAAAAUAAUAUUAAAUUUAAAUGAACAAAAACCACUUCCAGAUUUAUAUAAUUUGCAUAUGAUCGCUUGUGUUAUUGUCCAGGUGAUCUAACGUAUCUAUAAAUACUAACCUAAACUUUGACAAUAAAAUCCCUAUUAUGUUA